AUGUUUUCGUUGCCCUGUGAAGGCCCGUUCGGCUGUUUUGAUUAUCAUGGCUCUAAACUGGUGUGCAUUGAUGAAGUAAAAAAUGCGGUCUUGAUUUCACAUACCGAUGGUUCGGAAAUGGAAAAGUAUACACUGCCAAACAGUCUGAGCAAGGAAUUCUACGUAUGGGUCAAAUUGUGCUUUAUCAAUGGACGUUUCCUUCUUGGUCUCCUUAAAUCACACCACGACAAGUCAUUCCACUUAAUGACUAUCAACAUUAACCGUGAUCAAACAUGCACAAUUAUGAAACAUGUCCCGACAAAAAUAAUCAGCCAUGGAUUACGGGUGGAAGCCCACCGCAGUAUGAGCCAAAUUGUGUUCAGCAUAUGCAAUACGAAAGUGUUGGUCAAGAGACCAAUUCAGAGAACCAGUGAUAGGCAAAGCUUCAUGAAACAAUUACGGCAAGAUGUGGAGAGAACGAAUGGAAUUAACGGGGAUGUGGAGAAAGUGAUCGUUGAGGAAGUUAUUGUGGAGGAGAAGAUUCAGGAGAUUGUGCCUGUGGACGAUGAGAAGAAAAUGAUCGAGAGUGUACUGCUCCUUGUGAAAGUUGAAAACGACGGUGAUAUUAUUCCGACUAUUCUGUCUACCGGUAGACGGAGAUAUGGUAUCAAAAUUCAUAGAACAAGAAGCAUCCGGGAGUUUCGGAGAACUUUCAGCACAAAGUUCAUGACAAGAUGGCGUUGCGUGGUCCCUAUUCAAAACUCAUGUGAACCAUUUUUGUGGGGAAACAAUGCUUGCAUAAUCUCUCGUGAUAAUCCAACAUGUUUUUACCUGGCUCAUACUAUCCUUAACCCGAAGAGUGGAUUCAUAGCCUCUCUUCUUCACAAACUGAGCCAUCGAUUCAGAACUCACACACCGGUUACUGAGCCAAUUCAAAGUCCGAUUCGUGGUCAAGGACCUCCGCCGAAUUUGAUUUGGAGCAACAUUGACAUCUUGAAUGGAAUGCCAACAUUUUUGACUAUGAGCCCGGAAACGUUGAGACUGGUCAAGUGGCAAGUGUCUCGAGAUGUUUAUGGACAUUUCGACUGGAGGAAGACCGAAUUGGACAUUGAAGGACCAGAAGACACGUCUCGCAUUCUUUUCAAGUGCAACUCGGAAAACAACAACUCUUCUGAUUUCACUAUCCGCUUCCAAUUGCAAAAAUCCGACGGAAAAUCGCACUUCUAUCACUUCUCAAUUCCACGCAUUGUGGUUCAAAUCUCUUCAUAA